CAAAUUCAGUAAAUUACAGUAAAACAAAUACUGUACAUAGAGAUACAAACAUGAAAACAUAAUGGAGGGGGAAAGAAGACAGCUUCACAAGAAAACAAAGUGUGAACCGUGACAUUAGAGAUGUCACAUUUAUACAUAAAGGAUCCCACCACUGUUGCACAUAUUUUGCUAUCAGUCUUCGUUUGAGACGGCUUUCUUUCUACUUCUUAAAGCAGCUUUUUGAUACAAAAAAAUUAAUUUUUGUACUAAAAACUGCUUUAAGAAGCUGUAAAACAGCUGUCCCAAACAAAACUCUAGUGUUGGAGAUCGAUCUCUCUGGAGAGUAAAAAUUGUAUCAAGAUAUCUUCAUAUAAAUUGUAUAAAGAUGGACCUAAACUCUUUGUAUAUAACACUAAUUUCAAAGCAAAUCUAAUGGUUUUCGAGUCUAUUAUGAUGUGAUUUAUAUUAGGAUUUGCAAAUUUUGACAAGCUUUAAAAGCCCCACCCUUAGCUCAGUCUACCUCCCCAAAGUUAGACAUGGCAGAUCAAUUCUCUGCAAAUGAUCAGUCAGCAGAAGUAGAAGAAUACAUCGACAUGGAUAUAAGAUCUACAACAAUAUUCUGCUACCACAUUUCCUCUCCAAAUCACAAAGAAUUUGAGUUCCAUCUUGCAAGCAACCCACCACAUAAACAAACAAGUAUCUCCACAGCAGACGAGCACUUCGACAAAGGAAAUCUUUUUUCCUUUGAGGAGGAAAAGCUCCUCAAGGAUUCAGAAACCAUGACUACAGCUGGUGAGAUCGACAUUGUUUCUUCAAUCGAGUUAGAAAGCAACAAAUCAUGGUCAAAGAAGCUGAAGGGCAUUGGGCAAUCCUUGGUCAGGUUCAAAAUAUCGAAAGCUUAUUUCAAAUCACUUAUCACCACGAAGAAGGAAGCUGAAUGGAGUUACAGGAAGUCACAUAACUCUGUUUUUUUGAGGAAUCUUACAAGCAAAUCUGUGUCAGCAACUUCACUGAGCUCAACUUCUUCAUCUUCGUUUUCAAGUGUGAGCAGAAUCUCACAUACACUGAAGAGAAGCAGCAGCAUGAGCUCAGAGAUGGAGCGUUCUGUAAUGGGAGCUAUAGCUUACUGUAAGAAAUCACAGUAGAUUUAUGGAUGGAAGGAAGAGUGCAGGUGAAUCGUUAAUGUAGCACUUAGUUCAUUGUCUUCUGCUAUGAUAGCUUCUGAAUAUUGAGAUGAAGGAGAGAGGGAUUUGAUAAGCCGAAUAACAAGGAAAUUAUUGUAAUGUUCCAAACUGGAUUUUCUUCUUUUUUCCUUCUUCUUUUGUUUUCAAGUUAUUUGAGAUUCGAAUA